CAUGUGCCCCUACAGAAUCACUGAUCGCUCCAUAGACUUCUUAUUAUACGCCUAUUCACGGAAAUACCAUAACUCAAAAUACUCUCUAUCGAGGCGCAAAACGGUCCAUUGAAAAUAUGAUGUUGUGGUCCAUGAAACUCUUUGAUCAGUUUUUAAUAUUUUACUAACAGUUCGGAAUUGAAUUUACUUCGGGCCGACACCUUCUGCUGGCGAGCACUUUGGCACAUAUAUUUUCUUAUAAAUAUAGAAGGUAGCUCCCACUAAAGUGUUGUUCUUGCUUUUAAGCCCAUGAUCUAUUGUCAUCCUGCUGAUUUCGAGAUCUGGGGACUUACACACGAGAACGUUCCGACGCGUGUAUAUAAAUUCGUUUUAUUUUCAAAAAUUCUUCCCACCCAUUGUCUACAUAAUAUAGUUAUGCAAGAAUUUGGUUUGAAAAAUGUACUAAAACCACUCGCAAGAUACACAAUUGUGGUUGAUAAAAUGGAACUAAGACAAAAGACGAGUGAUGACAAAAACGAGUGUGGCUAUAUCGGUGUGUUUGUGUACAUUCUUGCGUAUUAAGGAACUGAAUAUUUUCGAAUAAUUCCCCUGGCAUCUAGUCGAAACCGAGCAGACCCAGUAAUACACAAAACUUAAUUUAGCACAAGCUCCUAGCGUAAAUAAAGAUGUUUACACGUGCGCAUUUGUGCCAUUUGUCUCAGUAGGUGGCAAGGCGCAUUUGGCCCGUCUCCAUACGCCUCGAAUACCUGAUGCUGGUGCUUUCCGAGCACCAUAUCGCGAGCCGAUAUCCUAAUGCCUUGUCUCGUAUACGCAUUAUUCCAUUACACACUCAUCCACCCCGACACAACAUAUAGGCACCCAUACGCAUUUCUUCUUGGCAAAACUCUGACGGACGCAUGUACACGUCCGAAUAUAGGUUUAUACGUAUUUUAGGGGAUAUAUUAGACGUUGUCUCGUGCAAUUAGAGUCGAAGAGAGCAGAUGGCCCCAGCAUGUAUUCCAAAUGUGUUUCCAAAGUUUUCAAAGUUCCAGCAAUCGUUUGGUUUCCAUUCGGAAUGCAGGUCUUGGGUGUUCUGUAUAAAAACUCUAAGUGGUCCAGCUGAACCUUUGACCCCCUCGGAGCAAUAAAAAUAUUACCUUUUAGGAUGUAUUGCCGGGCACAUGAUCGCCCUAUAGACAAAGUUAAUGCAGUGCCAACCUAAUCAACAUAUUGUUCCUACUUUCUUGUGUGCGAUUGGGAAUUUGUUAACGGCAAUCUGCUAAUGGGAACCACAAAUUAACGCAUAGGCCAAAGCUAAUAUCGAACUUUAUACACACGAUCGCACGUACAGGUGUAGAGGUGUUCAUAAACACUAAAAAAAAUAAAUAAUCGUUUUGUUUAGACUUUUAAUUCGCAUUAUACAACCCUAAAAUCGGUUUGAAUUUUCAAAUAAAACAGUCGAAACAGCGGCCAAGACAACUUGUAAACACGAACACAUCGAUUUGUAAUUGACUUUAAAAGCCUUAAUGCCAUAGUAUGGACUCGAAACGUACUGCGCAAUGGAAGUAAACAACUGAUCGUAUAACUCGGGAAUGGAUCUGUGUUUCCGCGUAGUUUUCGACCGUUACCCAAGCGUUAUUAAUGUAAUUUUCGAAACACCAAUCCGAUCUGCAGUUUUGCCUUGGAAGUGAAGUACUAAAGGAGCGCCAAAACCAUGCAGAACUCCCCGGCUCCGUGCGCCUGGUACUUGCCCUGGUCCCUGGCCGCCCAGCAGCACCAGCAGAAGAUGCUGCAGAUGCAGUCGCCGUUCCUGGACAAGAUGGGGGCCCCCUCGGUGGGCGGCAUCUUCGCUGCCCAGCCGCAGAUGCAGCAGCAGCUCUCGCCCAACACGGCGGCAGCUCCUCCGGCCAACUACCAGCAGCCCGCCCUGCAUCCCAGCGCCGCCCCUGGAGCCCACUUCCACAUGGCUUCGCCUUACAAUCACCUGGCUCCCCAGCUCCUGAAUGCCGGUCAGCUGAACCAGAACGCGCUGGCCAAUCAGUCCCACUUGAUGCACUCCGCCAUGUUCUCCUCCAUGCCACUCGGAGCCUACUAUGGCCCGGCAGCCGGCGGGGGUCACGCGGCCUAUGGCGGAGUUCCCCUGACACCGGCUGCCCAGCAGUCCCUGCUGGCGGCCACCGGAGGAGCACCGCCUGGAGCCCACCUGGCCGCUCAGCAGACACCUGCCCAGGUGCCGGUCCAGGUGCCCGUGCAGAUGGCCCCGCGCGCCACUCCUGCCGCCUGCUCCAUGGUCCAGCCACUCAACUGCCUGCCCCACCAGGAACUGAAUCACCUGUCGUCCAUCAAUCUCAACCUGCUGCGGAGCCCAGCGUCCUCGCUCCCAGCCAUCCAGGUCUUGCCAAGUGCCGAGGUGCCGAUUAAUAAAAAGACAACCUCCCCAAGGGACUGCGAAAGUCUUAAAAUUAAGAUACCAGAAAAGCGGAAAACAGAUGACAACGAUCAAAUAAAAGAGUUGAAAAAAGCCAAGCUGGAGACAAAAGCCUUGAAGGCUAAGAGACCGGGAUUUACGGAUGAAAGAUAUCAGGAAACAUCCUACUAUAUGGAAAACGGUCUUCGCAAGGUGUACCCGUACUACUUCACAUUCACAACCUUCACGAAGGGCCGCUGGGUGGGCGAAAAGAUUUUGGACAUAUUCUCUCGGGAGUUCCGAGCACAUCCUGCCGAGGAGUACGAGCGCUGCAUCCAGACGGGCACUCUGACAGUCAACUUCGAGAAGGUGCCCAUUGACUACCGGCUGAAACACAACGAUCUGCUCGCCAAUAUUGUUCACAGGUGCACCCAUGUGGACGCUAUAGGCACAACACCGUAGUCUUCAUACUGGCUAAGGAGUUUAACCUCAAGAACCUCCGCACAAUUCACCGACUUGAUCGACUGACUUCCGGGCUUUUGCUAUUCGGACGUAGUCCAAAGAAGGCGCGCCAAAUGGAGCAGCAGAUCCGCAACAG